UUCCAAUAUAUUUUCCUCAAAAGACAUUUGAUUUGUGAAAACCUUUGAAAAUGUAGGUUAUUUAAAGAAAUAUUUUCAUUAUUUCUUAGCAGAAAAAAAGAUCAAUUUUCAUACAAAUUAUUGAAUAACUAUAAAAUGAAUAAUGAGACAAAAAAAGUUGAUCCAGGAUGGAAUGAUCCUCCUAUGUUGAAUUUUAAUGCAUCCCAACCUCCACCCAGAAGUAGAAUUGGAAACAAAAGAGUUCCAUUUCCAUUAGGAUCAACUCCUGCUGUUCAAAAACCAGCAUUACCUCUUAAUAUUGACCAACCUUCUUCAGAAGAACCAGUUGAAGAUUUGGCAGAAGUGACUUUAACUAAUUUUAAGAGCCUUCUUAAUUCUGGAAUCGCAAAUGAGGUUCAUGAAAAAAUACAACUCAUGGAAGGCAUGUGGAAAAUGGGUCAGUUCCCCACCAGUAUGAAAAAUGAUUUAUAUAAGUUGUCAGAUAGUAUUGUUAGAAAAGAUUAUGAAACUGCUAAUAAAUUAAAUCUUGACUUGCACAUGAAAUAUCCCAAUCAAUGUAAAGAUUGGAUUUUGGCUAUACGAUUUUUGAUUCAUGAUAAGUGAACAUAUUAAAAGGAUAUUUUUACAACCAUAUUUGGCCUAAAAUCCGGGCACACUUGUGUGAUAACCAAACAUUAAUAGAGAAAACCAAAUUUUAUAAACGAAAGAGAUUUCUCGGGGAAGAAUUAAUAAGAUCAAAUUGUACUCGAGGUUCUACAUAUUAUAGGCCCAAUAUAGUUUUUCUUAAGUUGAAAUUUUCUUUGUUUUGAACCACAAGGAAAUAAGGUUUACAGUCAAAAAAAUUUUAUUAAUAUUGUUAUAUUUUUAUUUUUUUGUAAGUUGAAGGCAUAAACUUAUUCCAUGAAACUUAUGCAAUGAUAAUGCAAUAUACAUAUAUUUUUUUCACAGUUUUUGUGAAACUUAAUGUUGUUACGAAAUUAUACUUUGCUCCAUUUACACUAGAACAUAUUCAGUUUG